AUGGGUCGAUGGCUACGUAGAAUGGUGCGGGGGCUUAGUCUCUGCGUGUACUAUCUGACGGGAUGGUUCAUUCUCAGACAACUCUGGGCAAAGCGGACGCCACCCAGAACCAUAGUCGAAGGAGCCGUCGUCAGACCCUUGGAUGCGGAAUCUGAAUCUGAAGUAGAGGUACAAGAUGACCCUUGUGAGGCCGUAUUAGUCGGUUUGGAACAUGGAGGCAAACCGAGAGCAUUGGCCACAGACCCAUGUGCAGAUCGGGCUAUCGGAGAGCCGGUCCGGCUCCUGGAGAGGGACAGAGAACUCUCUGACGUCAAAAGGAGAUCCUCCGUCAGGCUUUGCGACCAUCAUCGGCAGCUCUACGUGGCGGCAUGUUCAAGCCGAAAAUGCAGCGUGUUGGCUUGCUACGAACAGGUUGAUGGUGCCAAACAGGGAGUUCCCCUCUGCAAGCACCACCUGACGGACCUUGGUGGUUGUGCUCGCCCUACCCGCAGGGUUAGCUGGACACAUGAGAGAGAUAGCUCCAUUGCACGAUCCGAGGCAUCUAUGUCCGAAGGAGAAUGCCUCACCCCUGCACGAAGAAGCCGCCGGAUCAUCUUUGACGGCGCUGAACGACUUGGGCCCAGGGCUGCUUCGGCCGAUCCUAGUGAAUCCCAGAAGAAGAUUGAAGGCAAGCUUGAGAAGGGCCCGUGCAUGGUGCUCCUCAGACCAAAGUCAUUACAAACCGCGGAGGCCCCACCCAGGUGGACUGCAUGGUUGGGGCGCAUCGAGGGGUUCGCCGAAGAAGGGCGCAGCCAGGAGCUGCUCGAAGUCCACAUCCCUUCCUUGAAGCAAACGUGUGUGAUCCACAGAAGGCUGUUGAAAGGGUCCCCUCGAGACAACGGGGCGGGUCGAAUUAGUAAGCAUUGGGUGCAGAAGUUCCUUCAGCAUACCCAUGACGAAGAAGUCGGCCAAGGGAUAUCGGUCUUGGUCGCGCGCCUGUCCGAAGACCAAGCAGCGGCCCUGAAUGCCUGGGACGGUGAGGUGACGGAUGAAGGAGCGAAGCCAAGUAAAGCCUGGCAGGGGAGACUCUACCGGGAGAUCCUCCCACAUGCUGAUGCAUAUUUGCGUGAAGAAGCUGAGAUGUCCGACGACUUUAUGACACCGCCAAAGCCGAAAGUCGAGCUGGAAGAGGGUGCGGGACCGGCGAUUCCACCCUUCCCAGACCUAGAUGAUUCAGAUCGCCAGGGAAGAAUGGAGGCGGCUCGAAGAGCUCUUGACCAGCACAUUGAGGGAGAGAUAGAUUCCGAAGUGUUGCAGACCGUGGCCACUGCCUUCGACCUAGAUCAUGAGCAACUGGCUCAGUCGAUGUAUGCGAGGAAUCACCGCCUUAGCUACUCGAAGCCAACGACACCACCAGGAUUGGGAGCCGACCAAAGCGAAAUGGAGUUUGCAAGAAGACCCGUGACGGCAACUAUGCCAGGAGGAGUGACCGUAAAGCCAGCAGUCCCCCGGCCGGCGAAUCCACUUCUGCCGAGGAGCUCCUCCUCAAUCCCCCCGGUCCAGAGAGGUGGAUUGUCGCUCUUUCCCAAGGGGUCAGGCGGUCGAAACAGUCUCGUGAAACCAGCAUCGGAGCAGAUGCCGGAUGGCAGAGCAGGAGCCACGUUCGGAGAAGCCCUCGGAGACAGCACACAAGUCCAGAGCGCGGACCGCAUCAUUCACGCCAUCGACGGUCUGAGAAGAGCACAGGAUGACGACAAAAACCUCACGAAAGGGACCUUGAGUUCUAUCAAAGAGGCGGAGAAGAUGGACGUCUUCCUGGCACGAGGCUGUGGCACCCUGACCGUUGAACUCGCACCGGGAGUGUACGGGAAGGAACUUUUCCACGCGGGGAAAAGGGUGGCAAAUCACGCUCGCCAUAUGCUGCACUUGAUCAAAUGGCCGGUGCUGAUGACCAACAGGGUCCUACUUGGCAUCGCUGGUCUGUGGUGGGGUGGCAAAGACACCUAUACCUUGCACGCAAGUGACUGCGUUACCGCUCGGUCCGAGCAGUUGGACAGUUGGAAUCCGUCCUCCGACAACAAGAUCGAAAAUCGCAUGAGACCACCAGGAGUCUUCAACACUUGGCUCAGGUACGCGGAAAACUCAGUUCGCGUGUUUGGAUCCUGCUAUGGUACAGAGCAUAUCCAAGAAAGGCUCGAUUGUCUCCAAGCCCUGAAGGAGGCCCAUGAAGAAGACGAGCAUGCCUUCCCAGCUGCCUACUGCAUCGAGCUCUUUGAGGAACUUGUCGCGGCUUGGUGCGAAGAACUGCGAGAAAGCAGAAGGAAACUCUGCUCUCUGCUGGGGACCGAAAAUCCACGGCUUGAAGACCUGAAGCUGCUAGCUUUGGCGCCGGGAGCGGAUGGGCAAGCAAACUUCCAGUUUCCAAGCAUAUGGGAUCUGGGCGACCCGAACGGAUAUUACCAGACAGUUGUGGUACCCAGGCAGCAAAGGCAAAUGUCGAGGCUGCUCCACAAGCAGCUGCACGACCACAACCUCAAGCAGAAGAAGACAGCUGGUCCAGCUGAAGAUGAAGAGCCAAGGACAGGGAAAGCCCCAAAGCUUAACCUGAAAGACAAAGAGGCCGAUGGAUAUGCGGGCGGCAGCAUGAAAUCAGCCUACCCAGCUGGAAAACGGCUUACACAAGGAGAAGCUUCACGGUCCGUGGAGCACGCACCUAAGGAUCCCAAGACCAACAAACCUAUCUGCUGGGAUGCGGCCACACACAUGGGAUGCACAAGAGGCGACAAGUGCCAGCACGCGCACGAGCCUUUGCCGGGAUUGGCCAAACUUGACUACACAGUUGCCAUGCAGGUCAUUCGAAGAGGAGGACUCAAAGGUGGGCCGAAAAUCGAUCCCAAAGAGGUCGACGGAAGGGUCGCUCAGCUGCGAACCCAGGCAGCGGCGGAUAAGGCCGACAAGAUCCAACCUAGCAAGAAAGCGAAAGUCAAGCCCAAGCCAAAGGCCAAAGCUGGGAAGGAAGCUGAGGGUAAAGCUGAAGAAGACAAGGUUGGGAACACCCAGUGGGUCGCACCUGAAGACUAUGAUAUCCCUCUGACCCAUCUCGAGACUGACUUGCAAGAGGCGGUUCAGGGCCCAGAUGAGGGCUGGCUGCGAAUACCCUCACAACCCACUGAGCAAGAAGCCGCUCCGGCUUGGGAUGACCAGAGCCAAGAGGAGCGGGAAAGGCUGAAACGAUGGAAGUCGCUGGAGGAGAAAGGGGUUCUGGCGGCCUUGGAGUCGCCCACGGAUUAUCUCAGGUCCCAUGUGAUUGCACGCAUGAUGGCAGCACAAGAUGAAGGAUAUGAACUGGAGCUGAACCGGUGUCUCGAAGAUGCGGCAGAACAUGGACAUCCCGCGCUCUCUAAGGAAGCCGGACGUCAACUUGAGCUCCUCAAGCACGAGCCAAAAGCGGGUCACCAAGCGGAUGUCGAAUUUACGCCCAUCACAUGGGACGAGGGUAUUGGUCAUGGCCUGUUGAACUUUCAAGGAAACUUGUCGCAUAUCGGCUCAGUCACGGUCCGUGACUACCAGGAUCGCUUGAACGCAAAAGACAGCGAGGUCCCACUGCAAGACGGGCAGUUGGAAGAAGAGCGCCAAUGCCUGCCUCUUCAUGUGGGUGUCGGGUUAGCGUUGGCCGAUGAUCCAUCUGUAGAACUACGAGAGGCCGUAGCCAGAGCCAACCAGUUGAGAAAACAUCUCUGGGAUGAAGCAGUGGAGGCUCACGCACACCUUGGCGAUCCGCCAGCGUGGAUACCUGAGGGCGAGCACUUCUUGCGUCAAAACGUCCAUGAUUGCCUCUAUCCUCACCACGAGAAAGACUACCGCGCCUUGCAAACCCUCACAGGAUCCAUGCUGCAAGGAUACACGUUGGCGGUCCUCAGGAUUUCCUAUUUUGGUCGGUUGGAGGUCGACUUGCUCCACGGAGAUGAUGCUGGCAAUGGGAAGCUAGUUUUCGUUACCAUCCACCGGGGGCAUAUGCGCCUGCUUCUUCCACAACAGCCCCAGCAGCUGUUGGAUCACCUGAGGACUGCAGACAAGGUCACCAGGGAACUUCAGGUUGAACAUUGGAGGGUGAUCUUGGACCAGAGCAAAGUGGAGGAUCAGAUGGUUCCAGCCAAGUCCCCCGCCUGCACAAGAUGCCAGCAACAGCAGCAAAGGCCUUAUCGUGUUGGUGAAGGAUUCCCGUUGCCACCGGCUUCAUUUGAGUCCUGCUUGCAGGAUGAUCCACAGGCUCUUCAAAACAGCGGUGUGCCUCUGCGAAAAAGGCUCGCCUUCGCCUAUGGGCCAAUUGGUCAAGAGGUGUACGCUGGAUGGGCAGGAUGGACCAAGGGGCUUCAGUACCAGGGGAUCCCGUGCGGAGAACCCAUUGAAUACUAUGAGGACCCGAUCGAGCAAAAGGGCUUUAAGCCGCAGCAUGAUACCCGUGACCCGAAGGUCCGAGAACGAUUGCUGGGAUUAGCUGGUGCUCCACCAGGGCCCGAUGUCCCCAACACUUGGCAGCUUGGAGUCGUUUGUACUUCCUUCUGCGACCACCAGCUGAAGAACGGUGGCAGCAGGACCUGGCAACGCCCACAAGGCGACGGCACUCGUCCCUCUGAAGUUCAAGGAAAUGAAGACGCAGAGUUCGCAGCCGAACUUUGUACGGUUCUGGCGGACAACGGAAGAGUCUUCGCAUUGGAGAGUAGCGCGCCGUCGGGCCGCUACCCCAAGAUAUGGGACCUGCCUUGUAUGCAGAGGCUCCGCCGCCGCACCGGCGCAAAAAUUGUCUCUAUGGCUAUGUGCGCUUGGGGUCUGGGACCGCCUGAGACUGAGGCAGUGCCCAGGAGUCGGCCCGACUCACCAGCACGCACCCUUGAGGGACCCAGUCCAAUUCCUCAAGUACCUCUCACUCGACUGGCACAGCAAUACGCACCAGCUUUGUGUGCAGCCUGGGGUCUGGUAGUCCGAGCAGCUUUUGAAGAAUGGAGCUGGACAACAUAUCUGCAAGAGCACAGCGUGCUCAAAGCCCUAGAGAAAUGUUGGACCGAACUGGACGCACCCCCUUGGCCGGCUGAUCCAGCCAAUACGUUGGAGCGAACCCUUGGCCAACAUUUGGCACCGGUGGUUGCUGGCCAAGCGGAUGGACCAGGCCUCCCACAUGGCUACACCUGUUCAGGAUGCGAACUCCAACAGAUGGUCUACCCUUGUACGUUUUGUGGGGGGGAGGGGUCUGUUUCCGAUCCCGAAAAGCAAGCUGAGGGGCAGGGCACAAGGGCAGGCAGCGUGGACGACGCCAAUGGCCAAAGCACUGCUGAGAAAUACUUGGAGGUAUGCCAGAGUGCUUACAGCAAGGAGGCAGUGAGAAAAGCCACAGAGGCAGGAAAUGCGUUGUUGAGGGCCGCCGGCUCGGUGCCAAGAGCAGCUGAAUUAGUCAACAAAGCGAGGCUGAGGAAGUAUGGGGAACACUUCCAGAAGGCAAAGGAAGGAGCACUGAAAGGGCUCAGCCCCCUACACGAGCAAUACUUGAAAGACUGUGUGCUCAAGGGCGUGCCCAGCCGAGCUAAGAGUACCCCCAAGAGCGUCAGGGGGCACGAGGAAGAGAUGCUGCAGAAGGCAUGGAAAGACGCAUCUUAUGGGGCGGUACUUCUGUGUUCCACAGAGACCGAGGACCAAGAAGAAAAUCGGCAAAUCGACCAGAUACUGACCGAGAGCAAGGUGGCCGAGAGCCCUCUCGGCCGAGUGCCCAAGCAAAACCCCGACAGAACCAUCUCAGCGGAAGGUCGUCCCAUCAACGAUAUGCGAGCCAGGAAUGCUUCGGGCUCCAAAUACGACCACCCACCCGCCGCUCAGCCUAGGCACAGAGCAGUGGUCAGGCAAAGCCUUUGGUGGAGGGUGCGACACCCGAAGGUUCCACAGAGGUGUGCGAAACGCGACGUGCCAAGGGCUUUCAAGUGGCACUUCCUCAAGCCGGGCGAUGUCCCUGAAUUCUGCACGAGGAUUCUAGGUGUGCUGAUCCUGAGUCUGGUGAUGGUGUUCGGUUGGGUAGGAGCGCCAGGGGAGUUCGUGAUAUGGGCCACCGCAGCCCAAAAGCACCACGGGUCGUUCCGACCAUGCCAUCCUCAAUUCAACGAUGUGGUUCCCUACACCAGCCGAUGGCUGAUGGAUGACGGCGUGGUGGUAGAGCCACUAGUGGGGAAUAGGAUCCAGAGAUCCCUGUCAGCAAUGGAUGCAGCUAUGGUAUCAGUCUGGGGCCCUGGAGCCAUCAAUCUCGACAAGCUCGCCGAAGAAGGCACCCCGGCAAAAUCCCAGCUCCUGUGGGGCCUCCACCUAGACUUUGAAGAACAGGUUGUGGUCCUCCCGGAACCGAAGCGAAUAAAGGCGAAGCAUCUCCUAAGAGAGCCUCAGCUUCAAAGGGGGUGCCAACGAGUUCGUACCAAGCUGCUCCGAGAACUGGCAGGGACAGCGCAGUAUUGGGCCGUCUCCGCCCGGAGAUUGGGCUCCGAGAGUGAGCUAGAGGCUGCCUGGGCUGAGUUCUGGGAUGCGCUCGAUUGGGUUCGCCUCCAGAUGGAAAAGCCUUGGGGAACCAGUUUCAGAGCAGCUUUCGGCAAGCUCCUGCCGUUAAGGGAAAGGCUCGCACUCCCUGGCAUGGCCGCUUCGGCCCGAUUCGUUGGAGGAGAUGCCACGCUAACCAGGCUCGGAAGCACUGAUUGGAAGGAUAGAUGCUACCACAUGGCGGACAGCAGCAGAUACGUCAGGGCCGUGAGCGAAGUCGUAGGGGGCGGAGAUCACUUGGAGAUCAUCGGAGUGAUGGAGCUUCUGACGUUCAUUGUCCUGGCAGCGGCGCGGAAGGAAACCUGGCAGGGGCAACUGAUCCUUUAUGUGACUGACAACAUGAAUGUCAAAGCAUGGUUACGUACCAGGCGCGCUUCAAACAGAUACGUGAGGGCGCUCUUGCUGCUGCUCCAGCGGCUCGAAGCGGAGAAUAGCUUCACUGUCGAUGGAGCGUACGUCCGUACCUACCACAAUACUCUCAACGACUGGCUGACAAGGGAGGAUGAAGACAAGGUCCAUGCGGAAAUGGAAAGCAGUGGCUGGACCCGCCUCGAGCUCAAUGAGGACUGGGAAGGACUCCUGCGAGAAGCCAUGCGCCCCACGUUGAAGCUACCAGGGGAGAAGGGCCCGAGUGCAGCUUUAGCCAUUCAGCUGGCCAACGAACAGCAAACCGUGCAUGCCUUCCCCGCCAAGAUCGAACCAAAGCCAUUCAAAGGGGGACUCCACCAAAUCCGGCUAGGGUCGGAACUACUGACGUUCGAGCUGGGGUGGGCCAAGGGCGGAGGAUCGAUCGCAAGCCAGGCGCAAGCUGACUGGAUCGUCUGUGUUCUCACUCAAGACCCAAAAGGGCGGGAGGCAGACAUCCUUCUAAAAACCCUCGCCAGAACUGAUUGGAGAGGACGACUUAUCGUUGACCAGCCCAGGGAGCUCUCUGAAACCAGCCGAAAUCGCCUGAUGCAGCUUCAGGUUCAAUGGGGUCAGGCACAAGUGGUCGACUAUCAGACUUCACACCACGGCAGCUUCUUUGCCAGGGCCAGAAGACUUUGGCUUUUUGGAGGAACGGCCGACGAAAAGGAGAGAGUUCAAGCAUGGCGAGUUGCACAAGUCAACGAGUGUCAGAUGUUACCUCUGCGAUCCGCAGAGGAGUCAGGUAAGGGAUUAUGCCCGCCCGACUACCUUUUCACGAGAGAACCAAACCUCAUCACCACCGGAGACAAGUGGCUUCCAAAACCAGUCGGCCACUUGGUUGACGUGCGCGCCGGCAGCAGGCACCUGGUCCAUAGCACACGGGGCCCAGCUUGCGGACCUAGGCUCACAGGUGAGCGUCUCAAGAUCCCAGGAGGCACCCUGUUGGAAGAUGGGACGGGUCUGGUCCGUCCUCUCCUCCCAGAAGAGGUGUGGGAAAUGCAAGGGGGCCUCGCAGAGGAUUGGCGUUCCGCCGACUCGAAGAAAAAGGAUCGCAUGAUAGCAGCUGCAGUCCGGGAGCCAGGCUGGCAAGUGGCUAUGAGUCUCAUGCAGGCUCUGACUGGAACCGAUGGGAAGGCAGGAGUCCUGGACCCCGAUGAGAUCCAAGCCCACGAGCAACUAGAGGUCUGGCUGCGAGCGUGGGGGAGGAACCCGAAGGCUCCCUCUUCCGAGCUUUUCCUUACUUCGUGGAAAGAGCCACGUGUGGCAGUGGCACCCACUCAUGAGUUCGUGGGAGCGACAACCCAGGCGAAAGCAGGCGGAGGCAAACGCACCACCGUGAAGCCAGCACUCAGUGAAGUGGAGAGGGUCUAUGCAUCAGGCUGGAAGCAAUGGGCGUUGUACAAUGCCAGCUCGGGCACUCACCCGUUCCUUGACGGAGAAGAGCGCUCCGCUCGGACUGAAGACGAUACCCUGAUCCACUGGUCGGGCGACCUCGGUUGUGGGCAGCGGUUGCGGGUCUACAACGUUGGGAAGGUCCUACAGCCCCAUCGGUGGCGCAGCCCUGAAGACGAGGCGCCUUUGUUCCGCUAUGAAGUAUCGUUUGCAGUGAAGGCUGGUGCUAUGGAUGCUACUGAUGAAAGUGCCGAUGGGGGACGAAAGCCAGCAGCUCCAGAUCGAGCCAAUGCAGCGAACCUCUUUGUAGCAGCUCACCCAGGACUAGAUCUUUAUCAAUUCCUGGGUGUUCCACCCGGUGCGACUCCAGCUCAGGUGCUCACCGCAUAUCGUCGCAGGUCCCGUGAGACUCAUCCAGACCGCUUUGCAACUGCUGGGGAAGAUGUCCAGAAAGCCAAAGGAGAGGAGUUUAAGAUGUUGGGAAUGGUCCGAGAGAUCCUCUUGGAUCCACUGAUGGCCACUCAAUACAUGAGGUGGAGACAAGAGCAAAUUGCUGCAAAGCAUGGGCGAGGCCGUUCCCCAGUUGUUCCAGCUGGUGUCUAUGCCAAGCAAGCUUCAUCAUUCCAACAAGCCAGAUCAAGUUUUGAUCGGUCCUCCACUCCUGCUGGCGCAGGAGCCAGCAGCUCGGGAGGAGCAGGCCGGGAGGUGCCUCGUAAACCGCCCCCCCCUUCACAGGGAUAUCCUGGAGGAGGAGCGCAAGGAGGACCGCCCCCAGCCAAAGCCCCUCCUGCUCCAGCAGGGACCGCGCAAAAGCCAAGGAAACCUCCACCGCCCGCGAAUCCGCCUACUCCGAGCUCAAGUGCGAAGCCAAGGAAAGCACCGCCACCAAGAAAUGAUGAUGGGAGGCCCAGAGGACCUACCACCCCACCAAUGCAAAAAAUGGCACCCACGCAAGCUAUUCCAAAGGGAGCACCGCCAACACCGGCCAAGCAUUUCCCCAGGGCGACCCAACCAUACACUGGAGGGGGCAUGGUGGGCGAUUUGCGAGUUCCUCGCAUCGCACUGGCAGAUGCAGGGGUGAAACGAUCAGACGCUCCGUCUGAGUCUUGGUGGUCAGAGACGUCAUCCAGAUAUAGGGCCCCUUCGAGCUGGUUGGAGCCCGGGUCUGAGCCUUGGGUCGAAGAUGACCUUCCACCGGAGAGCACCGUCCCAGACAACGAGGAUGACUAUGUGUAUGUUGAGGUGGAAGCUGAAGACGAUGACAUGGACAUCCUCCAAGACCACCAAUUCGAUGAAGAAGAUUGGGACGAGCCGGCAUGGGAAGAGCUCCCUGAGGAGGGGACCGGGUCUGAGCAAGUCUUCCAAACCUUCGAUCAAGCCGUGAUGCAAGGACUGCUCCAGUUCAUGGAUUUCGUGAACAGAGGACGGGCCAAGAUGCUGAUUGAAGAUGCUCCACCUAUGACUUCUGUCCCAAGAGAGGUGGCUCCGCCGCCACUUCCAAAGCCAGCUCAUCCAGAACAGGUACCUGAGCCAAAGGAGCCGCCGAAAGCCCUAGCCCCCAAACCAGUGAACCACUUUGGGUUUGACGAGUCUGAAGUCGACUAUGGUGAUGACGAUGAUCGAACCCCUGAGGAGAAGGCAGAAGAUGAGGAGCUGCUCGAGAAGACCAAGACGAAAGUGGAAGCUUUCCUGCGAGCACCCCCAGAGAUGAGGAAGACGCUUCGCUCCCAAGCAUGGAAGCGGUGCAAGAGCAAACUGGAGGAGCUCAACUUUGAGUUCAGCACUCGUCCACUGCCCGAAAUGCACCCAGGCAAAUUCGAGAAGGAUCUCAAGGAUGGCUUCACCUAUGCGGAGGCCAAACAACGCCAAAAGGGCCGGCAACGGGCCGCCCGACAUCAGCGAGCCUUGGCUGAAAUGGAGGGUGCCUCCUUUGAGGAUUUCCCGAAAUCCUGGUCACAUGGGUAUUCCAAGCAAGUCCUGAAGCCGGGUUUCCUCGAAGAGAAGAACAAGGAGCGGGCCCGCCGAAAAGCUACAAAGGCCAACUAUCGAUCCGAUAGAUCACGCAGCACUCCACCACCUCGCCAGUCAGCUGCUCCAGCUGCUGCAUCCAACCAGGCUGAAGCUGAAAGCACGGCCAACUGGGAAGCAGGAAGUCAAUGGCACGACUGGCAAGCGAGACGCAGCAGUGAGUGGCAACGGCAUCAACCAGAUGUCACACAACGGAGAGAUGCAAAUGCCGCAGACGAUGACAACUGGGGCAACUGGACCAGAGAUGGGCAACGAGGCAGCAACCAAGAUGGCUGGUCCAGCUAUGACUAUGGAAACCAUCAGGAUCGACAGUGGAACCAGUGCUUUGAAGCAAAGUUCAAGACAGAGGAGAAGUUCAACCGAGCAUGCGAAGUUGACCCCACCGUUGGUCACAAGUUUCAGGACAUUCGCUCUGGGAUUAUCAAAAUGAAGAUUCAGAACCCCAAGAUGAAGUUCAGAGUCGAAAUGAACAUUGGCUGUUUGGAGACCAUCACAACCAAUGAGAAGAGUACACAAGGACUUAAGGCCAACAAAUCAUUUUUCGUCGAGCUUGAAGCCUACCGUGCAGAAUAUGGGGAACCUGAACCGCAUCAAGUCACCACCGACUACCUUCCUUGUGGUACCAAAGUGUAUGGAGUGAACGUGAGUCUUGGCAAAUCAGGAUGGUGGAAGAGGAUUGACAAACGUACGAAUCAAGUGAAACGGGAAGCACAGUUGGUAGAGGAAUCAGCAGUUGACCCCACCGGAGAAGCACUUGACAAUAUCCAGUCGGCUGCCAAACGAGCCGUUCUACGAAAACGCGAAGCCAAUGUGACUGAGCUGGACUUGGACUUCGAUGAUGACGCUGGCACCACAUUGUCGAAAUCAGAUCUCGCUAUCUUGGAGUCCUACAACAACAAGCUCAAGCCGCUUCGUGAUGUCAGUGCGCCGAUGGCUGACAAGGAAUUUCGUUCCAAACUUGGAGAACAUCAGUCUGAACUCACUGCCUUCAAAGCAGAUCUCAAAUUGAAGAUGAAGUCUCUCAACAGACGUGUUUGCAACAGUGAAGAGAUUCCACCGAUCAAUGAAGAGCUAGGGAAGAUCGAAGAGCUGGUGAAGAACAUGCAAGUAGUUAUCAAGUGUCUACUUGGUCAAACUACCGUUGACAGCAAGACUACACUGCUCAUGUUUUUGGACGAUGCUGCGGUGAAGUACAACAUGACCUUCAGUGCCAGCAUCAUCAGGAGGGCAUUGAAAAUGAUGCUUUUUGAAGACAUCAAGCUAUUGGAGUUUGACCGCGUUAUGGGCGCAACACGUGAGACCAUCAAGGAGCGGUUCGAAAAUGAUCAGGAGAAUCCCAAGGAGACUGCUGACGACUUCUUUGCCACUACCAUUGCACAGUCUUUGCAGAAGCUGGUGAAGUGGGUCAUUGCUCAGAAGAAGGAGCAACAGCCUGCCAUUGACAAGCUUACCAAGUUUCUUGAUGCUAUCUAUGGCAGCCCAGUCAGCAACCUUGCCGACGAAGCUGGUAUCAUUUUGCAUCUCAUUCGCAAAGAUUCAGCUCCCCUUGCCAAACUGAAGUUUGCAGUGGAACAUAUGAUUGUGGCUGAAGCGAAGGUGGUUUUAGAGUCAAGGGGAUCAGAGGAGCAGCUACAUGAAUCAGUGGCAGAAGCAUUUGAUCCUCUCAAGGAUCUCAUCAGCAAAGGGUGCCAAUGCAUUCUCAAUGGUGCUGAUACUUUGCAGAAGCUACGAUCUUCACGGCAACAGGUGAAAGUUCUUGGGAAGGAGGCUGUUGAUGGCUUUGCAACCCUUGUGCGCAAAUCUAUGGCCAUUGUGGUGUGGUACAUCUGCCAAUCAGAGGAACCUGACGCUCUCAAUGAGGAUGUAGCAAAGUUGACACGACUUGAUCAGUGCAAGCCAUUUCAAGAUCUACUUGGUGAAGCAUGUGCAGUUUCGAAGGAGACUAUCGGCAUGAAGAGUGGUGUGAUUGUGGCAAACGGGGAGAAGCUACAUAACCUGCUCACUGGCUUUGCCAAAUCGAUCUGCGACUUUGAGGACUUUCUGGAAAUCUUGAUCCCCUCGGUCACCAAAGAUGAGAUUGGAGCCUUUUCCGCUUGUAUCAAGGGAUUAAUGGCUGAGCUGAGAACUUUGCGUGACUGUGUGACUGAGAAGGACGGUGAUGUUGCGAAGGUAUUCUUGCUGGAGUCUUUGGGCAGGUUGCAAGAACCGCUCAAGGAGCGCAAGCUCGAUUUUCAGGAGAUUGCCAAGUACACGGAACGGUUGUCCCUUCUUGCAGCAGCACUGCCACCUGAUGGAGAACGACGCAAUGUUCAGCUGAAAUCUUGUGGAUUUCUAGAUACACUUUUUGGACUUGUGGAAGUCACACAAAGUCAUCAACUCGCAGAAGAUGUGGCUCAGGGAGACUUAGUCAAGAAGUUGAAGGCAUGCAUUGACGACUUCAACAAGUACACGGACAUUGACAUGUUGGCUGUGGGAGUUCUCAAAACUCUUCAGAACAAGACCAUGGAGCUGCCCUUGACUGCGGAGCACUUUGGUCAGAUGUGCGCGAAGCUUAGUGAGGCAGUUGAAUUGGAUGCUGCUGUUGAAUGUGUAACAGAUCUGAAGUUACCAGAUACCUCCUCCUUGAGCUAUGCACCUAGUGAUGACAAGAGCCUACCAAAGCUUGAUCGAGAUUUUCCACAACUCACAGCUUUCAGUGAUCGCGUUCCGGAACUCUCGGGAUAUGCCAACAAGUUGCGCGCGGUGAUGAAUGAAAUCAAGAUUGCGAACUGUGAAUCUGACACAACCAAGUAUGACCAGGAGACGAAGACCAAGCCAGCACAACCUGCAGAAGAUUCACGAGCUACGUUGGGUGAACCUGCCGCAAGUAGUGUGACCAAUCCCCUUGAUGUUGCAGCUGAUCCGACUGUGGACAACCAAUCGACGUCACAGAGCCCAAUCGAGCAUAUGAAAAAGGACAACAACCCCACACCGUGUGAUGUUGAUCAAAAACAAGACCAUGGAGAAGAACCAGUCAAAGUGAAAGAUAGUCUUCGUGAUGAUCUUUCAGAGAUGGUUGCAGGUGCUUUAUCGGCAGGGGAGUCUUCAACAGCUGAUUCAUUUACAUUGCGGCCGUUUCUUGACGCCCAAAAACAUGAGAGGUUUCGGGUGUUUGCUGCCUUCUGGGAAGACACCCAUGGUCGUGAUCCAUUUCUGAGUCCAGCUACAUGUCACCAAGAUCUUGUUGACUUCCAAAGGUGGUUGAUCAAGGACAAGCAAGAGCAAGUGACCUAUGCUUCGAUUCUUCAAGAAGCACUGGCCAGUGAAGUCUGGAAAGACUAUGUUGCCUUCUGGACCAGUGGUGACAACAAGGAUGCCAUGGAGGCAACGUACUACGAGAAUUUCACAAUCGAUUCACCAGAUGUUGAUUCAGAGAUGGAAGUUUCUCAAUGGAUUAGAUUUGUGCAGAAGUUUGCCAAACAUGACAAACUGGCAAGCGGUGGACCAACUCUUGGAUUCAUCAACAACAUCAAAGAUGCCAUGCCAUGCCAUCUUCAUGACCUUCCCGACGCUUUGGACAAGUAUCGCUUUGAGUUUCCAGAUCGUGACAUGUGCUUCACUUUGUUGAAAGAGGUUUCCGCUGAUGCAAAGCUCUUCGAGACAUGGAUCAAAGACCAGGUCGUGCACAACUUCAUGUGUGAGAAUGUUGGGUUCAAGCAGAAGUUCCUCCUACCGGCAUACCAGGACAACUCGCGUUUGUUUUCCGAAGCUACACAACUCUUCACUGGAGAACGGAAAUGUAUCCGUCACAAUGACACCUGUGAGCUUCCGUCAGAAUUGUUUGCUUUGGGUGCCGGAUUCUCAUGCAAGAGCUACAGCAAACUUCACAAAGAUUUUCAGAAGUUUCAACACGCGAUGGCAAACGAGGACGAAGGUGACUAUUUGCUUCAUGCCACUGAUGAUGCAGUUCUUGCUGAAUUGGAACGCAGACAAACACGAAAGGCACAGGCUGAUCGAACCGAAGGUUCGAUUCGCUGGCCCCUUGAAGUUACAGACGACUUGGGUCGAAACGAAUGGUUUCAGACACUGCCAGACCGUGAGAAGGAGGCUCUUUCAUUCUAA